AUGUCUUCUUGCUUUUUCCAUCUCUCUCUCUCUCUCAUGUCUUCUUGCUUUUUCCAUCUCUCUCUCUCUCUCAUAUCUUCUUGCUUUUUCCAUCUCUCUCUCUCUCAUCUUCUUGCUUUUUCCAUCUCUCUCUCUCUCUCUGACUUCUUGCUUUUUCCAUCUCUCUCUCUCUCUCUCCUUAAUUCUUGCUUUUCCAUCUCUCUCUCUCUCUCAUGUCUUCUUGCUUUUUCCAUCUCUCUCUCUCUCUCUCAUGUCUUCUUGCUUUUUUCCAUCUCUCUCUCUCUCUCUCAUGUCUUCUUUUUUCCUUUUUUCCAUCUCUCUCUCUCUCUCAUGUCUUCUUGCUUUUUUCCAUCUCUCUCUCUCUCUCAUGUCUUCUUUUGCUUUUCCAUCUCUCUCUCUCUCUCAUGUCUUCUUGCUUUUUCCAUCUCUCUCUCUCUCUCAUGUCUUCUUGCUUUUCCAUCUCUCUCUCUCUCAUGUCUUCUUGCUUUUUCCAUCUCUCUCUCUCUCUCAUGUCUUCUUGCUUUUUCCAUCUCUCUCUCUCUCUCUCAUGACUCUUGCUUUUUCCAUCUCUCUCUCUCUCUCAUGACUUCUUGCUUUUUCCAUCUCUCUCUCUCAUCUUCUUGCUUUUCCAUCUCUCUCUCUCUCUCUCAUGUCUUCUUGCUUUUUCCAUCUCUCUCUCUCUCUCUGAAUUCUUGCUUUUUCCAUCUCUCUCUCUCUCUCAUUCUUGCUUUUCCAUCUCUCUCUCUCUCUCAUGUCUUCUUGCUUUUUCCAUCUCUCUCUCUCUCUCAUGACUUCUUGCUUUUUCCAUCUCUCUCUCUCUCUCAUGACUUCUUGCUUUUUCCAUCUCUCUCUCUCUCUCAUGACUUCUUGCUUUUUCCAUCUCUCUCUCUCAUGACUUCUUGCUUUUCCAUCUCUCUCUCUCUCUCUCAUGUCUUCUUGCUUUUUCCAUCUCUCUCUCUCUCUCUCUCUCAUGAAUUCUUGCUUUUCCAUCUCUCUCUCUCUCUCUCAUGUCUUUGCUUUUUUCCAUCUCUCUCUCUCUCUCAUGUCUUCUUGCUUUUUCCAUCUCUCUCUCUCUCUCAUGUCUUCUUGCUUUUUCCAUCUCUCUCUCUCUCAUGUCUUCUUGCUUUUUCCAUCUCUCUCUCUCUCUCAUGA